AUGAAGCGCAAGCUGAACGAGAUAAACGAGCCUGCAGAUCCAGCUCAGUCUGGUGCAUCCGGAGAAGACACCGCCAUAGAAAACCCAGGAUUCUCGGAUCUUGGACUCGACCCGCGAUUGCUGCAAGCCAUUGCCAAUCAGCAGUACCAGACGCCUACUCUUGUUCAGUCCAAAGUUAUACCUCUGGCUCUCAAUGGACAAGAUGUACUGGCCAAGGCAAAGACUGGUUCUGGAAAGACCGCGGCCUACCUCUUACCCGUCCUGCACAGCAUUCUGAAGCGAAAACAGCAGACCAGCUCUACCUCAUCCACUACGGCACUGAUUCUAGUCCCGACUCGCGAGCUUGCCGACCAGGUCUUAAGAAAUGUCGAACGAUUCUCUGCCUUUUGCGCCAAGGACCUGCAGGCCGUAAAGCUCACCGACCAGGUGACCGAGGCUGUUCAGCGAUCCAUCCUCUCGAGCGGCCCCGACAUUGUUAUAUCUACACCUGCAAGAGCGUGGCAAAACAUUAGCAACGGGGCGCUCUCCGUGGAGGACCUGACACACCUGGUCCUCGACGAGGCCGACCUGGUGCUCUCUUACGGCUACGACGAAGAUCUUCAGAAUGUUGCCAGGUCCAUUCCGAAAGGUCUUCAGACUGUCCUCAUGUCUGCGACCCUCACCACGGAUGUGAACACGGUACAAGGCUUGUUCUGUCGAGACCCGACGGUACUAGAUCUUGAGGAACCGGAUGCUGAAGGGGAAGGUGUUUCACAAUACUUUGUCAAGUGCGGCGAAGACGAGAAAUUCCUGCUGGCUUAUGUGAUCUUCAAGCUUCAGUUGAUCAAGGGCAAAUGCAUUAUAUUUGUUGCAGAUGUGGACCGUUGUUACCGAUUGCGGCUCUACUUUGAGCAGUUUGGUAUCCGGGCUGCGAUUUUGAACUCGGAGCUGCCAGUCAACUCGAGGUUGCACGUGGUCGAACAGUUCAACAAGAACGUAUACGACAUCAUAAUAUGCUCAGACGAAAGCGAAGUGAUCGGGGACGAAGACCAGCCAUCAGAGGAUGUGCAGAAGAACGAGAAGGCAGUAAAUGACGAGAAGGAAGUCGGUCGGCCAAAGAAGAAGCAACGCAAGACGUCCAAGCGAGACAGGCUCGAGUUCGGAGUGUCACGAGGAAUUGAUUUCCAACACGUAUCGGCCGUCAUCAAUUUUGACUUCCCUACUUCCUCCAAAUCAUACACACAUCGGAUUGGUCGCACAGCACGAGCCGGCCAGAGGGGCAUGGCGCUCUCGUUUGUGGUGCCCAAGGAUCAAUUCCGGAAGCACGUGCCAACUUCAGUCGAGACCGCCGAACAUGACGAGAAAAACCUUGCCAAGGUGAUCCGCCAGCAGCAAAAGCGAGGGAAAGAGGUGAAACCGUACGUCUUCGACAUGAAGCAGGUUGAGAAUUUCAGAUACAGGAUGAACGACGCCCUGCGUGCGGUGACCAAGAGCAGCAUCAGAGAGGCACGGACGAGGGAGCUGAGACAAGAGCUCCUCAAAAGCGAGCGCCUCAAGCGCCAUUUUGAGGAGAAUCCAGCAGAUAUGGAUCACCUGCGGCACGAUGGCGAGCUUCGGGCGGCCCGGACCCAGCCUCACCUUCGAGCCAAGCACGUUCCCGAUUAUCUCCUGCCCAAGGAGGGCCGGAAAGCCCUCACCGCAGACCAGGUCGGCUUUGUUCCGCUCAGGAAGACGGGAGAUCACAAGAACCGACGGUCCAAGUUCUUCAAGAGCAAGGGCAAGAAGAUGGGUGGCCGCAAGUCAGAUCCCCUGCGGACGUUCAAAGCACGGAAGAAGACCAGGUAGUUCUCCGGAGAAGGUCAGCGGAUAUAGCAUUGAGAUAGCACUCAUUGAUACCCUUGG